AUGGAAAAGUAUAAAAGAAUAAGGAAGAUUGGAAAAGGUAAUUUUGGAGAUGUUUGGUUGGUGGAAGAUAACAAAGGAAGAGUAUUCAAAAUAUCUAUUUUAUAGUAAUAUGCUAUGAAAAGAAUAGAUUUACUAUUUGAUACAGUAGAUCCAUAAAAUGAAGUUAGUAUAAUGAAAGUUCUUAAGCAUCCUAACAUUAUAAAGUUUUAUGAUUCUUUUGAACAAAAUGAUAAAUUGUGUAUUAUAAUGGAAUAUGCCAAAAAUUGUAUUAGAUAUCAAUUAAUUAUAGCUGAUCUUUCAAUCUAUAUUAAAUCUAAAUAACCUGAUAUCUUGAACUACUUCACAUAAUUAUGUUUAGGAGUUUAAUAUUUACAUUAAUAAAAAAUAGUUCAUAGAGAUAUUAAAUUAAGAAAUGUCUUUAUUACUGAUGAUGGAAUUGUAAAUAUUUAUAAUUUAUUCAUUUUAAGAUCAAAUUAGGAGAUUUUAGUAUCUCUAAAAAAUUGAUUGAUCUUUCAACAAAUACAACUUUAGGUAUUUCAAUUUUAUAAAUAAGGAACUCCAUAUUAUUUAUCUCCUGAAAUCUGUUAAUCUAAAAAUUACAAUUCUAAAACAGAUAUCUGGAAUUUAGGUUGUUUCUUAUAUGAAUUAUGCACAUAAUAAAAACCAUUUUUAGGAGAAUCUCUGCCUGCAAUUCUCAAUUCUAUAAUAAAUGGUUAAACACCUUAACUUAAUGAAACAUUCCCUAAGUUUUAUUAAGAUAUCCUCAAUAUUACAUUAUAAAAAGAUCCAGAACUUAGACCUGAUAUUAAUUAUAUACUAAAUAUUCCAUAAAUCAAGGAAUAGUAACUUAAAUUAUAAGUUCUGUAUAAAAGUAAAGGAAUUAUAAACAGAAGAAUAUGUCCUAUUGAAUGUCCAGGAUAUGAUGAAAAAAAAGAAUUAAAAUAAGACAAAUAAUCCAUCAAUAAAGAUAUGUCUAAAAUUCUUAAAUGUUCUAUCACACCUUAAUAUAGAUAAACAUAAUUAGGAUUAUAAAAUAUAUUCUCAGAAUGUGUAUCUCCAAAUAACAAUUAUUGUUAGAUUUAGAAAAAGCCUUACAAAAAAAUUAUGACUAUUAAUACUUAAUUAGAUGAAAAAGUAGAAUAGGAAGUUACUCAAAAGAAACCAUCUUUUGCUAAAUUACUCUUCAAUCCAAAAACACCUACUUCUCCUAAUAGAAAUAUUUUACUAGCAGAUUUCUUAAAAAAUAAAUUAGGAUAAUAAGUAUUUUAAAGAAUGAAAGAUUUAUUAGAAAACAGCAAAGAUCCAAUAUAAUUAUUAGAAAAUAGAGAAGAGAUGAUGUAAAUAUUAGGAGAAUCAAAUUUAGAUUGUAUCAAAGUAUAACAUUAAUAUAUUUAGAUAUUUAAAAUUCUAAUAUGUAAUAGCAUUACACCACCUAGCAGUCAUUUUAGAACAAUGAGUGCUUCUUAUUAAUUUAUUACUUAGAGAAUUAAAACAGUAAAUAAUCAUGAUAAUAAUAAUAAUAAUGUUCCAAUAUCUCCCUGGGAUGAAUAAUUUUGA